AUGUCUUGGCAAGCAUAUGUUGACACAAGCCUCGUCGGCACCGGUGAUGUCGACCGAGCCGCCAUCGUCAGUGCCGCAGGCGACAGCGUUUGGGCAACCUCAUCGAAUUUCAAGGUCUCGCCGCAGGAAAUGCAAGAAAUUGUCACUGCCUUCAAAGAUACUGCAGAACCCAAGAAUAUUCAGAGCACCGGGUUGCAUGUGGCCGGUGAAAAGUUCAUAGUACUCAAGGCAGACGACACCAGCAUUUACGGAAAGAAGGGCAAGGAGGGCAUCGUCAUCCGAAAGACCAAGCAGGCGCUCCUCAUCGCACACUACCCUGAAAGCGUCCAGCCCGGCAGCGCCGCGAACACCGUUGAGAAGCUGGGCGACUACCUCGUCGGCUCUGGCUACUAG